AUGCGCCGCACUCUCCGGCGGUCCUGGUGCUGCUUGUGCCAAGUCCAAGCACAAGUUGCCGAUCUUCGGUACACCCCGGUUGCUCUCGCUGCACCAAGCGGAGAGUGCACAUGUCUAGAUGAGGAACUCCUCGCCCAAAAGGGGUUCCACAACUCCGAGAUCCUCAUGGCCGACUCCGUCGCGUUACUUCGGCGGAAAGUUGAGAACGAGUCUCUGGCUGUACAGGACGGGACCAUGAACUCGGUCAUCACUCUGGCAACCAUCGAGGUCCGGUGUCAAUGCUCAUCAUGGGCCAUCCCCAGUUCGACACACAAGAUGAUAUGGGCACUGGACACGGCAUCCCCCCCUACCCCAGAAUGGCAGUUGAGCUUGAAUGCCACCCAUGAGGCUCCUCCCGAACUGACCCUCCUUGAAAUCGACGAAGACGUCAAGGAGGUUUUUAUUCGUCUACGCAGUGUCUUCCAGAGGGCACAGCAGACACCGUUUACAUCUACCCGACUCCAUGACCUGGCGGGCUUCGUCAUACACCGGCUACUACCUUCGGCUCAAGAUAUGGCAAACGAAACAGAGCCACUGACCGAAUGCGCGCGCUACGCAAUCAUUCUCUACAUGUUCAUCAUGCAGGGCCCAACCUACUUUACGCACGUAGUAAUAUUCAACCAGAUCCUUGGUCGCUUUGCCGGGCAUCUACAACGGCGAGGACACGACGCCCAAGACACGCAAGACCCGAUUAAUGUUUGGUUUCUCGCGGUUGGGAUGGUGGCAUCCACCGGAACUCCUCAUUACGCGUGGUUCAGGGACACGGCAAGGGCCAUAGCCGUACCAUUACAGCUGAGGACUUGGGAUGAUGCCUCAAAUCACAUCAAGAACAUGUUGUGGCUGGAGACACGGCAGGGCGAAGGCAUCUUUCGCCCGCAUUGGGAUGCCAUUUUCGACGGGACGGACUCCCCACAGCCGUCAUGUCUGACAGUCCAUAGGUCACCAAACAUUCCCAACGCAGCGUUUAUAUGA